AUGGAACGUAACGAAACAGGAUUUCAAUCACGAGGUCAAAUGCUUGAUUAUUUUCAAGCUGUAACUUCUUUCAAUUUUGAAGAUUCAAUUCACUAUCUUAGUCAACACGAAUGGAACUUAAAUAACGCAUUACAAGCAUUUUAUGCCGAAAAUGUUCGUGAAGUAGGUCUUAUGAACGGAGGCAAUCAGGACUUGACUAGUAUGAUUAUAAGGGAAAAAAAUGAUGGAUAUUUUGCUAAAAUGGUUUAUGAGCUUGAAAAUAGUUCCAAAGCUCAAAUGGACAUAUCCAGUCUUGUUGUAAUGGGUGAAAUAAAAAGAAUUGCUCUUGUUGCUCACGAUAAAAAGAAGGCAGAAUUGAUUGAAUGUCUUCAACAAUAUCGGGAUAUACUUGCUAAACAUAAAUUAUAUGGUACGGGUACGACUGGAACAUUAGUCGAAGAAGCGCUUAAAAUACCUGUAACUAAAUUUGAAAGUGGCCCGCGGGGUGGUGACCAACAGUUAGGUGCAAAAAUUACUUCACGAGAACUUGAUAUUCUCAUUUUUUUUAUUGAUCCAUUGGAUUCUCAUCCUCAUGCUGCCGAUGUGCAAGCACUUCUUCGUUUAGCUCAAGUCUAUGGUAUUGUUUGUGCUACGACUGCGGCUACUGUCGAUUUUUUACUUAGCUCAACAAAAAUGAGCGAACCUCAUUUUCGAAAAAUACAAACAAGUCAAACUUCGAAACCAAAAUAG